AAUCUUCGAGGGCCCACCUCAAGGUGGUGACCACGUCGUGCAACGCUGCUGAGCCUCUCGUGUUCGUGCAACGCUGCUGCGUCGUCUUCUCCGCGGCUCCACCCCCUCUUCCACUCCCCUCCGCUCUGCUUCGCCCGAUUCAGCUCAGCCAACAGCCCAAAGGCCGGAGGGGGAGAAGCAAGCAAGGGACGCGCAGCGGGAAGGAAGCCUGCCAAGGGCGUUCCUCUGCUCGAACCCAGCCAAGGGCACCGCAGACUGCUCCGCUCGAGCCCAUCCAUGGCCAUGACCAUGAGGCACAGGGCGCGCUCCUCCCCCACCUCCCCGCUCACCCCGUCAUCCAGCAUCAGAACAAAAAAGAUACUUGGUUUCUCUGUAUCUCUCAUCCUCAUCAACCUGGCUUCGAUUAUGGAGCGUGCUGAUGAGAAUCUCCUUCCAGCAGUUUACAAGGAAGUCAGUGCAGCCUUCAAUGCUGGUCCUACUGAUCUGGGAUACCUCACGUUUCUAAUGAACUUUCUGAAGUCAAUAGCAUCUCCCUUGGCAGGUAUCCUUGCUCUUCACUAUGAUCGGCCAACAGUGCUUGCAAUAGGGACUGUCUUUUGGGCCUUAUCAACAGGCGCUGUCGGUGUUAGCCAGCAUUUUCGGCAGGUUGCAUUCUGGAGAGCUGUAAAUGGCUUUGGGCUUGCCAUUGUAAUACCAGCGCUUCAGUCGUUCAUUGCUGAUAGCUACAAAGAUGGUACACGUGGCGCAGGAUUUGGUUUGCUAAGCCUCAUCGGUGCUGUGGGCGGUAUAGGUGGUAGUAUCUUGGCAACUAUCAUGGCUGGGAAGGACUAUUGGGGAUUCCCAGGAUGGCGCGUUGCAUUUAUGAUGGUUGCACUUGUCAGCUUGAUAAUUGGAAUUCUUGUGUACUUAUAUGCAACUGAUCCUAGAAGGAUCCCCGGCAAUCAUCUUCUUGAUGAUGACGACUACGAGAGGUUGCAUUUGUCCAUCAAAGAUGUUCUUCCUACGCCUUCUAUCUGGAGGGAUUCUUGGGUGGCAACGAGAUCUGUUAUGAAAGUGAAGACAUUUCAGAUCAUUGUCCUGCAAGGGAUAAUUGGUUCAUUACCGUGGACUGCCAUUGUUUUCUUCACAAUGUGGUUUGAGCUCAUUGGUUUCGACAACAGCAGCUCGGCAGCACUGAACUGCCUAUUCGCCAUCGGGUGUGCUACUGGAGCAUUUCUUGGUGGGGUGAUAGCAGACCACCUGUCACUGCACUUCCCAGAUUCCGCACGAGUCAUGUGUGCCCAGUUCAGUGCCUUCAUGGGCAUCCCGUUCUCGUGGAUCCUCCUCACAGUCAUCCCCCAGUCAGUUGAUUACUGGUAUGCCUUUGCUGUUACCCUCUUCUUCAUGGGCCUCACGAUAAGCUGGUGCGCUACCUCGGCGAACAACCCCAUGUUUGCAGAGGUAGUCCCUCCCAAGCACCGCACCAUGAUCUACGCCUUUGACCGUGCGUUUGAGGGCUCAUUUGCAUCUCUUGCCGCCCCUGCUGUUGGCCUGGUCACCGAGAAGAUAUAUGGCUAUGAUGCCAAGACUGUGAACCUUGCGAACGGAUCGGCAGAAGGGGCGUAUGCUCUGUCCAGAGGGCUGCUGACCAUGAUGAUAGUGCCAUUUGGUGUCUGUGUCCUGUUCUACAGCCCCUUGUACCUUGUGUUCAAGCGCGACAGAGAGAAUGCAAAAUUGGCCAGCUUCAAGGAGCAGGAGCUAGUAUGAUGAUGUGAAGAUACUGCCUGUGGUCAGUAUUCAGCGCCUCUCGCCAUGCUGUCUCCAGUUUUUGACUGAAAUUCUGGAUUGGUGCCACGGAAACAGUGGGAGACAAGGUUUCUUCAGGCUGAUUUGAAGACGAAGACUGGCUUUUUUUUUGUGCCCAUUUCGCAUCCGACCACCCAUUGUUUUCAGUGGCUACAAUGUGACGAGUGAUUGUGGAGGGGAAGCGAAAAUUUUCUCUGUAACUCUUAGCAGAUAAUUGCAGCUACCAUGCACACUUGUGCUGACCAGCCUUUUUUGUUUUUUAGGCUGCAAACCUGAACCAUGGAGAUGAUCUAAUUUAUGGUGAUAUGACUUGUAGGUGGCUUACUAGUUAAACUAAAUGUUUCAUUGAUCAACGAGAUCAGUUUGGUUUUCAUACUC